AUGGCCGUCAGGAAGCCAUUCAAAGUCCUGGUCACGGGCGGCAGUGGCUUCUUGGGCAGCGCUAUCAUCAAGGCACUACUCGAGCGUCAUCCGGAAUGGCAAUUGACGGUUUUGGAUAUCCUUCCACCUGAGAACACCAUACAGAGUCGAGGGGUUGGGUACAAAUUCGCAGAUGUUACAUCUUUCGAGAGCGCCAAACAUGCACUCUCAGACUAUACGCCAGACUUGGUGAUGCAUACUGCUGGAAUUGUACCCGCUCGAAACCUCCGAUAUAGCCAAGAUAGUAAGCAGUGGGAAAAGGUCAAGGCAAUCAACUACUAUGGAACUGUCAACGUACUAGAUGCCGCCAUGCAAAGCGGAUGUCGGCGCUUUGUAUACACCAGCAGCUGUACUGUGAUAAUUGACGAUUUGGACCACGACUACUUCAACAUGAAGGAAGACAUCCCGAUCGGCUUCGCAACGCUUCACUACGGCAAAUCGAAGGGCAUGGCAGAGCAGUAUGUCCUGUCCAAGCGCCACGCCGAACAAGGACUGAAGGCCUGCGCCUUGAGGCCGUGCACCAUCAUUGGGCCUGGAGAUGUGGCUGUCAUCAGCCUGAUCCACGAUCUAAUGUUGAAGAUGGAGAGCCACUUCGUCGUAGGAAGCGGAGAUACGCUAUUCGACUUUGUCUACCUGGACAAUGUUGUAGACGCUCACGUACUGGCCAUCGAAAACAUGCUCUCCACAGAGACCGCGGCCGGACAUGCUUUCUUCAUUUCCAAUCAGCAGCCGGUGUACUUCUGGGACUUCUUUCUGGCUAUCUGGGCCGAGUUCGAUCACGUUCCGCGCUUUCGUGUGUUCAUACCAGCAUGGCUUGCCUGGAUUGUUGCGCUGAUCAUGGAGCUCGUUACUUUCUUCACUGGUGCUUCGCCAACGAUAAAUACUGGAAGCGUCAAAGACGCCAUACGCACGCAGUACUCCGACAACUCAAAAGCACGAGCUAUCCUUGGAUAUGUGCCCAAGAUCAGUCUAUCAGAAGGUGUCAGGAGGAGCUGCGAUGACUACAAGAAGUACCUAGCUGAGGUCAAGGACGCCAAGCGUGAACCCAAGAAGGCUUUCUAA